AUAUGAUAACAUUUUGAUGUAAAUUAGUUAGUUAGCUCUUGUAUCUCGAUUGAAGUGGACUUGUCUGUGAUUUAAUUAAAAAUGAAAUUUGUACUCCUCUGCCUGCUAGCCGCGUAUUGCUACGCCGCUGACAUGGGUGAAGAAUUGCUUUCAAAAAUUGAAAGACAUGAAAGUAUACUUCGCAUGUGGGCACAAGAUAACUCACAGUUAUUGUCGACAGUCAUCGAAAAACAAAAGAAAUAUGAAAAUGCUAAGAAAAACGAGCGUAUACUGUUAGAAACUGUCGAUUAUUUGGUUAAAACUAACAUGGAAAUGUUAGAAAAUGUUUUAACACAACUAAAGAAUGUACGAACAAACUUAAACGAGGGCGAAAACUUGGGAGAAGCCUCUAUUGAAAAUAAGUUCGGCAAGGUGGGAGAUGAUUCUUCCUCUAACAAUUAUGAAACAGACUCCGACACCCGUACGCUUCAGUUUAUUAAUGAUAUCAUGAAAAAUAAUGGAAAGCGAACCUAUUAGACAAAUAAUAAUAGAGCUUAUUUAAUUUUUUAAAGACGAUCUAUCUCUCUGUUUCCUGGAUGGAUUUUUAAGUGAAAAAAAAAGAUACUUUUAUUCAUGUAUAGCAUACCAAUAUACUAGAUUUACAACUAUAUUAAACUAUAUUGUAAUAUUAAAAAACCCUGUGACAAAUAAAAAUAUAUAUUACAUAAGAAUUACUUACCCACGAAUCCAACCAUUUAUCCACAAUCUCAGAUUGAAAUAAUUUGAGAUCAGACCGUGACAGUCGAUCGAUCUCCUAUCUGCAUCCCAAUAACCAAACCCUACGAAGACA